AAGACUCAAAUUUGGAGAAUGGCUUGUGACUCAGUUGCGCAAAUAUUGAAUGUGCGGAGGAUCUGGGCGCGGAAUACCUAAUCUUAGCAGUGUUUAAUCGUCCAACCUAAGAGCAUGUUUACCCAUUCUCACGAGCAACACGGUAGAACCGACAAUCUCGGGCUUGCUAGCACUAUCAUUGCCACAUUACGACUAUAUCAAAAAAUGAUAAAGAGAAAGAGUAGGUACACAGGUCACUUUGCCUCUUCCGCCACGUCAAGCGACGCUAAAAACGAGGCGAGCCUGGCGGGGUCAUCUGCAACCAUGAUCGGCCCCAGUCAACUUUGCUCUCAAUAAUUUCAACUGAUACAGUUGGCAAUUGCAAUCAUGUCUCGCGCCCCGGAAAAAUCCUGGUCGAUCAAUCCUUGGAUAUCUAAAGGAGAUUAUGGCCGAGCCAUCAAAUGUUGUCUUCACAAGUUCACUGCGUGGACAGGAUAACUUCAUUGUUCCAGUCGAUCAACUCGAAUCAGCAAUAGAUCUCGCCCCAAAUCGAAUGAGCGGGAAUGCUAUCUGGCAGAUAUCCCAAUCUACGAUUUUGAAAGUUGGCUGGACGGUGAAAAUGAGUGAAGCGGAGGCACUAAUCCUUCUGGCUACGAAAACAAACAUCCCGGUGCCUAAAGUAUUCAGCGCAUAUACGAUUGGGGAUAUAGGUUUCAUUCUGAUGAGCAAGGUGGAGGGCGAACCACUUGGCUCAUCUUGGGAUAAUAUGUCGCACGAAGAGCGCCAAUCGAUUGCACGCCAACUUAACUCCUACGUUCUAGAAUGGCGCAAACUGGGCGCUCCUUUCCUAGGCUCGGUGGAUGGUGGGCCUUGUGAGGAUAUCAUCUUCAAACAUCCUUGGGACUAUACUUCUCUAAAGCGAUAUGGACCUUUUCAAUCGCUAGAAGAGUAUAAACUUGGUGUUAUUGAAGCACUUCGUUUAUCAAGGCCAGAUGGAGUCUGGGGUCAAACAGAGGAAGAACUGAAGGAGAAGAUUCUAUCUUAUGACAAUCAGCGCUCUGCUGAUAUAGGAGUUAUGACUCACGGCGACCUGCAUACAGAUAACAUUAUUAUUCAGAAUGGGCUGGUCAGUGGAAUAGUAGACUGGGGCGAGGCUGGGUACAGUCUUCCAGAGAGGGAAUACUUUGCCGCUAAGCGGAUUGCUAUGGAAGAAAGUUGGAUUGAAAUAAUCCCCUGUUUUAUUCCCGCUUUCCCGGAAGAGUACAAAUUGUGGGAUGAGAUUGAUCGGUCGAUGAGAGUGUACUCUCCUGUAUAAUAUCUAUUUGUCAUUCAAAGAUUCCCAGUCCCUACCCACCUCUCCCUUGAUGGCCACUGAUUGCUUUCCCACCCUCGAUUUCCAGGUUUGUGUUGUACCAUCAGGGACCAAUUCUUCUACUUCCAAUGAAACGAGCGCAU